ACGGUGGACCGUGCAUUCUUCCGCCGAUUUCCAAUCCUCCAUCAUACAGAUAUGAAUUUAACUUUCGCCCUAACUUGCGUAAUGGCAGUCAUUUGGUUAUUUUUUGCAAAAUGUGAAACAGAAAUCGUUAGUAAUCUGCGUCGAAGAUUCCGCAACCGCCCUUUAUUAAGAGAAUAUAACGUGGAAAAUCUCCUUCUCGAAGAAGAUGAUUUUACAGACGUAAAUAAACGACAGCAGUUCGACGAUUAUGGUCACUUGAGAUUUGGAAAACGAGAACAAUUUGAAGAUUAUGGUCAUAUGAGAUUUGGCAGGAGUCACGAGUGAUGACACUAAUAAUUGAUCAUAGAUGCAAUUGUAUAGUGUCAAUUCACUGUCAUUGCGGCAAGAGUCACAUUUUGUUUAGACUCUAGAUAAAAUAUAUUUUACAUUGCAAAUAUCC